AUGCUGAGUGAGGAGUAUAAUUUAGGCAGUGCGAAUAACAUGACAUCUGCUGAGUUGUCUUUGAGACACCAGAAAAUGGUGUUGAAAAAGUUUAUGGUAGCACAAGUGACUAAGGGGAUUAUGCAGCGAUAUGCGAGUCUGUUAGUGAGCAUGUCUAGUGAUGAUAGCAGUACGAUUACUGGCACAAAUCAUUUGAAGACAGCCAAAUUCUUAGAAAUAAUCCUUCACAGAGCCAAAUCAUCGCAUUUACAGUUCAAAAAAGUCUGUUGUAUUGUUAUCAAGUUUCUAGACUGCUGCUUGAAGGAAACUAACUAUAUGAAGUUUUUGAAGUUCAAUUUGCACAAGCUAAUUGUAGCCGCUUUCAUAUUAAGUGUACCAAAUGUUGUAGGCGAUGACCGCGAUAGGAUAACCACAAGAAAUGAAACUUAUCAUUUCUAUUCCCAAAUAACAGGUUUGUCACUGGAAGAGGUGAUAAAUUGUUGUUCCAUUGUGAGGCCCGUACUUAUUCGGCGGAGUAGACAACAACGCAGGCAAAUGUUGUCUCGGCGUGAUCAGCAUUCCUAUUUCCCCAGAGGUACUUUUAUGAAUUCCCAUUCACCAGCAUCGCCUUUUUUCUCUGCGAAUAGGUCAGCUGAUGAUCUGCAUGUACAUACAAAUGCGUACCCACUUCGUAAUCAUUCCGAUGGGGAAGACCAUCACAGGCGGUGGGAGCAUGGGGAAGCACACAGCAUGGAGGCGGAUGCCGGUACAUAUCGACAUACCACGUUUAUCCCGGAUACACCAAAUGUUUUGCAUUCUAGAUCAUUGAUUGAGUGCGGAAUCGAACCCGCCCAGGCAAGUGACUCUAGUGAAUGGUCGGGUCAAAGUAACGGAUAUGUUUUGGGAACAGAAUUACAGGAGUUUAACAACAUUGGUAAAAAGUUAGUUCAAGAUUCUUUUAGGAUAGUAUAG